AUGCGUGAGAUUGCACAAACUCCUGCAUAUCCAGAAUGUCGUCUAACAGAGAAGGGCAGCGAAUUCAUAGGAAGAGUGAGCGUGACGGAAGCGGGGAAGAAAUGCCUCAACUGGAGAUCCUAUCCCUACGGAAGACCGAAUGACUUCAAGGAAAUCCCAUUAGACGGGAAUGAACUGUCCGACUUCUCGGAUUCCGAGCCCUCUGGAACACCGAGAAUCGACUUAGUGUACGAGGCCCACUUCAUUAAUAGAGACUCAUGGUCUCACCACAACUACUGCCGAAAUCCGUCCGGGAAGGAGAGACCCUGGUGCUUCGUUUCCGACCCUGAAAUCCAAUGGGAAUAUUGUAGCAUCCCAAUGUGCACUGACACAAUUGAAACAUAUCUCAUACAGGAGCGACCAUGGUGCUUCGUCUCCGACAACGACACGAAGUGGGAGUACUGUGACAUUCCAUUCUGCCAAGACCUUAGUCAAUUCCCGCUCUACGAGAACAGUCCCUGGUAUUUCUGUAAUUGCGUGGCGUGUUUGCUUUCUCGAAAGAAGGAUGAAAGAAGAUCCACCAGAAUGCAAACUAAGCGAGAGAGGAGGGGAAUACGUGGGGAAGCGAAACGUGGGAAGCGAAAUGCGACAAUGUCUGGUUCUCCUUGUCUACCAUGGCUCACUGUUUCGCCAGAUACGGUUGAACAAUACUUGAGUCGAUUUUCGGAUGAAUUGGACUUAAGGCACGGCUUUUGCCGCAACCCCAACCUCAGCGAUUACGGCCCUUGGUGCUAUGUCAGCGACAAUACUGAAUGGGAGUAUUGCGUGGUUCCAUAUUGUCCCCCAAGCGACGGAGAAAUAUGCGACAUUCGAAUCAGAGGGGAGUGCGUCAACCCACGACAAUGCAAGACAGACAAGGAUGGACGGUCGUACUUGGGAACAACGAAUGUUACCAUCAAGGGACACGAAUGCCUGCCGUGGAUGAGUGAUUCAGCGCUGAGACAAAUUAAUUUGCAACUCUAUGAAGUUUGUUCUCUCUUCCUCCAAAUAAUCCUUUUCCUCGUCCUCUUCCUACUCUUCCUUCUGCUCUUUCUCUUCGUUCUUUUAUAUGUCCUCUAUCUCAUUCUCGUGAUUAAACUUCUCCACUACCCUUCCUUCAUCCACAACAUCCUUUACGUCCUUCUCUUCCGUCUCCUCCCACUCUGA